AUGGUGAUGAAGAAGACGAUGGGUGGGUCAGUGUUUGCGGUAGAGUGGGUGAUGGUAAUUUUGGCAUUGAUUGCAAGCUCUGUGACUGUGAAUGCAACAAUUACUUGCCCAGAUGCGAUACUGAAAAUACUUCCAUGCGAACCAUACCUGUUGGGCAUCGGCGACAUCACUGUGCCGUGCUGUCAGGGAGCUCAAAACUUGAACCAGAUGGCUAAUUCUACAGCAGAUCGCCGGGCUGUUUGUGCGUGUUUUAAGCAAGUUGGACCUUCUUUAGGGGUUAACGUUGAUAGAGCUAAGAAACUUCCCAAUCUUUGCAAAAUUGAUCUUCGCGGAAUAACCAUUGACUUUACUAUUGAUUGCAACACAAUUCCAUACAGUUUAAUGGAUGGGUGA